UCUCAACCUGUCCCUUUGGGCCUUUGGGCAUGGCGUAUGGCGUGGCGUCCCACUGCCUUUUGGCGGCUGAGGCGGCUGGAGGCCUUUGCCGGCUGGCGCCAUGGUAGUAACUGGAGGUCGCUGCUCGGAAGCAAGCCUCGGCAGAAGCAGCGAGAUUUGCAGCAGCGUUUACGCGAUGCGAAGGGUGACCAGGUGCUGCAGCUGUUUCAGCGGGAGGGCAGUUUUUUCGACACCAUACAUUUGCUGACUGCGCUGCGUGCUGUGGUGUUGUCGCCUCCGUCGAGUGGAUCUUUGGGCCCCUUGCUGAAGAGAGCAGCAGCCAUCGCACCGGAGUUGACUGGUAAUGACUUGGCGGCUCUGGCGUGGUCCCUGGCACGUCUGGAGGUGAAACUAGAGGACCAGGCGGCUUUUGCCACCGCCGCCCAUGCGCUCAGCGCUGCCACGACUGGCUGCGGGACUUUGAAGUCCGCGGAGCUGUCGGUGGUGGCCUGGGCCAUGGCAAAGCUCCCCCAGGAGCCCUCAGAGGAUGCCAUUCAGCAUGUCCUUCAGGAGGUCAAAGCUCGUGUGGAUCAGCUGACGGGGAAAGAGACGGUGAAUUUGGUUUGGGCUUUCUCCAAGAUGCAGGUGAGGGAUGUGAAUCUGAUCCAGCAGAUGGCAAAGCGCGCAGUCAAAGAUUUCUCCACACUGAACAGGCAGGACACUGGGAAUGCGGCUUGGGCCUUUGCCAAGGCAGAUGUCUCCUGCGAAACCUUAAUGAGCCGCAUCAGGGAGAAGUUCCUCAGUGAGAGUGAUGCUUUCGAUGCGCAGGAGUUCGCAAGCAUCAUUUGGGCUUUCGCCUGGUUGGAUGCAGCUGACGAGGUCCUGCUGCGGCGCUUCCGUGGCACGGCCCUGAAAGUCGCAGGGCAGUUGAACUGUGGGGGCUUGGCACGGGUCAGCUGGGCCUUUGCCUCGAUGGCCGAAGCACAAGGCCCACUGUUUGGACAGCUGAAGAGUUCCGCGCGUCGCCUCGGCCUUGGGUCCUUUGGGAGCACCGAGCUGUCAAAGAUAACCUGGGCCUUUGCCAAAGCGGAGGAAAUUGAAGCGGGCGAACCUUUGAUGCUGGACAUUGCUCGACAGGUGGAGGAGCGGAUGGCUACGCUAAAUGCGCGGGAUGUCGACAUGAUGGCCUGGGCAUUCGCGAAGGUCAAUGCGGACACGGAAUUAAUGGCCAGGCUGGCAAAGCAGGCAGUGCAUUUGGCGCCCCACUUGGACGCCCAGGGCUUGGCCAACUGCGCCGCCGCCUUCGCGUUGCUCCGCGUGGCGGUCUCCGGCUGGCGGCCCGUGCUGGUGCGGCGCAGCGCAGAGGAGAUUCUUCACUUCUCCGCUCAGGCCUUGUGCGACCUCCGCUGGGCGCUCACAGUGCAGGGCUGGGUGGAGCCGACUUUGGAGAACGCCAUUGCCACGGCUCCCGGAUGGGCUGAACGUUCUGACUAUGUACAUGAGACACAGGCGGGCGCAGUGGCAGACUGCUUCAAGCACUUGGUUUUGGUGGCACUUCUUCAAAAUCUGCAGGAUGCGUGCUUGGGCAAUGCGAACCAUGGCGAUGAUAGUAGUAUCUUCUAUGUGGACACUCAUGCUGGUGCUGGACUGUAUGAAGUGAAGGAGCCUCACAGGGAGAACCUCCGGCGGCUUCUCAGUGGCUCACAUGGGUUGGAGAUGCCAGCGUCUCUCCAUGCCUACAUCGAUUGCCUCAACCGAUUUGAAGGAUAUCCCGGCUCCCCGGUCGUUGCGCUGGACUUCCUGGCGCGUCACCGCUCUACCCUGAGCGAGCAACGCGCCGUGCUUUUUGAGGCGGCGCGGAGCAACGUCCAACGGCUGUGUGAUCAUGUGAAAGGUUUCAGUGGAGUGGAAGUCCUUCAUGAAGAUGCCUACAGGGGUCUUCCGAAGCUCUUCACUGUUUCUCCCAGGAGUCCGCACUUGGUUUUCAUUGAUCCACCCUACGAUCUAUGCUUUGCUGACAAUCUCAACUUCACCUUGGUGCAGCAGAUCCAACAACAUUGGCCAGAAAGCUGUGUGGCCAUUUGGCUCUUCUGGCUUGGUACCCCAUGCGUGAUGACAAUAGAUCCAGGCGACUCUACCGAAGGAUGUCCAGGCUUGGAUCGGUGCUUGUGUGUGAAUUCGCGCUCAGUCCCAGCUCGUGCCCCAAAGCUGCAGUGAGGACUGGAAUGCUGCUGCUGCGGCCUCCUGUGGUAGAAGGAGAGUUGCACCAGGCCUUGCCUUUGCUCGCUGAGAUACUGGCAAAGUCACCAGAGGCGUACCGCAGCCACAACAUCUUCUGGCUGUAGCCAUCUGGAGAAAAAACA